AUGGUUGUUUUGGCUGAUGUUGUACUGGCAUUGUCCGAUGCCUUCGCAGCGACCAACAAACAAAAACGUAGGGCUCGUGCGCUCUUGACAGACAUCUUUGAUGGCAUCCAACACCAAAGAUGCAAUUUACGCACAGCUCUCCGCUAG